AUGGGCGUGAACGCCGGCUGCUAUUGGCAAGAGGCCACAGCGCCGCUGAAUUGGAAGGAGGGUGAAGAAGAGGCGGCACAUGCGGCGCAGGCCGCCGCGGCGGCCUGGAGCGCUGCGGCCUCGGCGUCGCAAGCGGCCGUGGCGCACUCCAACUGCUUCGGCGACGGCUCACCCACACAGAACCUGGGCUGCCCAUAUCACAUCUAUUGGGGCACCUGUGUCCUGUCCGCAGGGUGCAACUGGCACGGCCAGAGCGCGCUGGGCGGAUGGUGCGCGGGAGGUGCCCAGUGCACCUACCAGCCAGUGGCCACCAGUUGCAUGGUGACGCCUGGCUGCUUUUGGAAGAGCGCCACAGCGCCCCUACAGAUUCCCAUGUAG